AUGGCUUGCCGUCUUGGGACCAAUGGCGACAGGUCUCGGGUUGGGGUUUCACCAGCUCGGAACCAAACGUCUUGUCCCCCCAAGACGCUGGGCUCGAUCUAUCGACUGCUGGCCAACGGCUCUCCAUCGGAAGCCUCUCGGCACACGUACAAACUGACUCGAUAG